AUGGCUAAAAUCAACUGUAAAUCUGGAUUUCCAAUCAACCAAGAUGAAGACGACAGUGAGGAAUAUUGUGAAUUACCAGCUGAACUAACACGACUCCUUGAGCAGGAAGAAAAAGAGAUUCAGCCGUACAAAGAGCCAGUGGAUGUUAUUAACUUGGGUUCUAAAACUGACAAAAGAGAAGUAAAAGUUGGGGCAUCUCUUGCCAAGCAUUUAAACUCCGAGUUGGUAGAGUUAUAUCACGAAUAUGUUGACAUCUUCACUUGGUCAUAUCAAGAUAUGUCAGGAUUAGACACCAGUAUUGUUGAACAUCACUUGCCACUCAAGCCUGAAUGUCCUCCAGUUAAGCAAAAGCUCAGAAGGACUAGACCCAACAUGGAACUCAAGAUCAAAGAAGAGGUUAAGAAGCAGCUUGACGCUGGCUUCUUGGCCAUUUUUGAGUAUCCACAGUGGGUUGCUAAUAUCGUUCCAGUUCUGAAGAAAGAUGAGAUUGAGGUUUAUGUGGAUGAAAUGUUUGCCAAAUCCAGAAUUGAAGAAGAUCACUUGGUGAACCUGAGGAAAUUGUUUGUCAGACUCCGAAAGUUUAAACUGCGCCUGAAUCCAGCUAAAUGUACUUUUGGGGUCCGAUCUGGUAAACUCUUGGGUUUCAUAGUCAGUCAGAAGGGCAUUGAGGUUGAUCCCGACAAAGUUCGAGCCAUCCAAGAAAUGCCAGCUCCCCAAACAGAGAAAGAAGUCUGA